AUGAACCCAGUGAUCCAGGAAUACGCUGCCCUAGCAGGCAGAAUCGCCCUAUUUCCGUUCACCCAUGUCUGCUACUACAUAUUUUAUGCAUCCUGGCUCGCUAUAAACUACAUCUUGGUGGUUCCUUCCACCUUAGCAUUCCAGUCGGCCAAGGUGUACCUUCCAGCGGACCUUGAUGCCAUGGACUACCAAGAACAGGCUGUUUUUGCUGGCAAGCUAGCAUUGAGAGUGGUGUUGUUUCCAGUCACUCAUGUUCUUUACUACAUUGUUUUAAGUGUGUGGCUCGUGGUGAAACACACCAUCGUGGUGCCGCUCUUGCUCAUGCUCAGAAUCACCCUCUUUGGGUUGGUAUACCUUCCACUUACGCCUGUUCUCACGGCUGUUGAUGUGGAUUAUGACCAGACUGUUUCUGUGGAAGGCCUGCUUUUGCAAUUGGUGUUCCACUCCAUUCCACACGUUGCGUUCUUUGCAUUGCACCUUCUCCACUACGUGAUCAUCGCUGCCGUCACAGGAGUCAUUGUUGGCUGGUUCACAGGGCUCAAUAUCAGUGUUGUCAGCAAGGUGCUCACGCCGCCGCCAUUGGAAGAGGCAAUUCAGGAGGAGCUCGAAAAGACCAAAGCCAAGAUGGAGGAGUUGAAGGCCCAGCUUCCCAACCUAGAGGCUCCCGUUUUGCCCAAAGUUGAGGCGCUUGUAAAGCCUGAGCCCCCAAAGCUGCCCGUCAAAGUCAAAGAGGAGCCCAGAGAGCUUUUGGUGUCCGAUCUUGUCCAGAACGAGCCUAAGCGGGUUCAACGAGGCAAGGUCGACUUUAGUGAGGGUGGAGCGGAGCAUUCCUACGAAGACGACGACGGCUACAACUUCAUGCGGUACCUCAGAGAAUCGCCCGAGCCCCGUGUGGCGACCAUCAAGGAGGAGCCUGAGGAGCCGGAGGAGGCCGAAACCGGGGAGAACUCCGAAGAGCUGAGCAGCGAGCAGGCGCUCACCAAGAGCCAGAAGAAGCGGAGGCUGAGGAAGAGAAGGGAGGCGUCCCGGCGGCUGGGGCUGGCUCUGACGCCAGGGACGGUUGAGACGGCAGCGUUCAGCGAGGACGGAGACGAGCUGUCGAGAACGGAGACGGCCGAGACGGAGGAGGCCAACGAGAAGUAG